GUCGGCCUGUUCAUUGUACUGAGUCAGCGGCCAUGCGCAAAUGGAUCCAGAGGAGGGCUGUGCUGUGUAGGCUGUAGUCUACAUAAGAUCUCCGCCUGCGGGACUUCUGCACUCACACCUUCCAGACGCACUGAUCUUAAUGAGGAAAACAUAAAUCCAGGAGAGUCUUGACGGGUACCUUGGGAUCAUUUCUUUAGCAAAGCCCCCUCCCCCUCUUCCCUCCUCUCAUGACUGACCAUCUCGGACCACGGAUGCAGAGAGCAGCAACGAUGCGGCGGCUCCGCUCUUAACUCGUUGGACCCCCCGCCACCCACUCCCCCCUUUCUCGCUCUUGUUUUUGCCGGUUCUAGCUGAAGGAGGCUGAAUUAAUUCAGGAUGAAGCUCAAACCGAACCAGACCAGGACAUACGAUGGCGAGGGCUUUAAGAAACGAGCAGCGUGUCUGUGCUUCAAGAAUGAACGUGAAGAAGAGGUUCUGCUGGUCAGCAGCAGUCGGCACCCGGACCAGUGGAUCGUCCCUGGAGGAGGGAUGGAGCCCGAGGAGGAGCCGUGUGGUGCCGCGGUGCGAGAGGUGUUUGAGGAGGCCGGUGUGAAGGGCAAGCUAGGACGCCUGCUCGGUGUAUUUGAGCAAAACCAAGAUCGAAAGCACCGGACGUACGUGUAUGUGUUGACUGUGACAGAAACUCUGGAGGCCUGGGAAGACUCAGUCAACAUAGGCCGUAAGCGGGAGUGGUUCACGGUGGAUGAGGCCAUCAAAGUGCUGCAGAGCCACAAACCCGUCCACGCCGAGUACCUGCGGAGGCUCCAGCUCAGCUGCUCCCCGACCAACGGUAACUCCAUCCUCCCGAGCCCGCCACCAAACGACAACUACCCCCAUUACAGCGCCACCGCCACCACCACGCCCUCGACGGGGAGCGUGUUGGGCUCCUCUUGCAGAUAGGACUGCACCUAAACCCUCUGUCCUGUCCAGCUUGGACAGUUCACUGAAAGUCUGUACAGUCUUGCAUGAAUCUAAUGACUUUUUUUUUUUUUUUUUUUUUUAGGGUUACGGCUCUCUUGUAUGUAUAAUUUCUAGUCUUAGCUGCAGGACAGACCAAAGCCAUUGCCAGGACUGUGUCAAAGACUCACGUGACUGAGCAGGAGAAGCUGGUAAAGCUCAUAUCUCUGAGAGAAAAAGACAAACUGUGGAUAUGGCUAACUCAAGAACACCUUUCAUUUGCUGGCAAACACCGGACUGAUGAGCUGAAGUUUGGGAAGAGGAAGCUGCAGACUCUGCUGGUGAAGGAAUGCCUUACAGAAACUUUGUAUGAAUGUUGUAUUUGGGUUGUUUUACUUCACUAACGGUCAUUUUUUUUUAUUUUCUUUUUAGCAGAAUGGAUAUGCUUUCUAGUUAAUAAAAGGGUAAUUGACCCCAAAGCACGUCCAUGUGGGGAAUGUUUCUAGACUGAAUAAUGUCUUCAUCAUCAACCUAUGAUGAUAACAACCAAAUAUUAUAUUAUAUUACAUGGAUCUAACUUUUAAAAAAAAGACACCUGAGCAUUGAUGUUUCAAGAGUCUCCUCUUUUUCAUUUUAAUGUGAAGUGGGAUUUUUUCUUUACAUUAAUCAUUAGUUAACUAAAAUGAUAAAUCCUUCCCCACAUUGCUUUUUCAAAACUACAGAUGUUGGUGUUGAAAAUAAAAGUAACUAACGUGAAAGUUUGUAUUAACAUAAAAUACAAAAAACAAGAGAACAAAAUGAAGUGAAAGUUGCCCUGAUAAAAGCCGUCAGUGAGUUGCUACCUCAGUAAGCCGAAAACUGGAUCCGAGUCAUGACGCUGGUCGAUAUCCUUUGACACAACACUGCUGUGUUUAUAGUUAAACUUCAGCCAAUGCCUCCGAAUUACAAGUCAGCUGACCUUGACUGAUCCAACAGACUGGCCUGUUGUCUGUUUUAAAGCCACAUACCUUUCACCAUGGCUUGGUGUUUCCCAUGUUGUCAAAGUGAAAGUAUUUAAUGAUGCAAAGGUAUUAUGUGCUGCCUUGAAUCAUGGUUGGGGGGGUCGAACGACUUUAUUUCAACAUAAUAUAAAAAAAAACACUUUACCUUGAAUGAAAAUAAUGGUGAUUCACUGUUGUCACAGUUUAAAGUGUAUCAUGGUGCUGCAAGGCAAUUUAGUUAAAGCGACCACCAAAUUGAUUUCCAUGUACAGUAUGAUUGUGUUUGUUUACCUUCUACAAGUAACUAAGAUUACUUAUUUCUAGGGCUGCAACUAAUGAUUAUAUUCAUGAUUGAUUAAUCUGCCAAUAAUUGUUUUGAUUAAUCUAAUUUAUUGAUGACCGGAAUAAGUGACCUGUAGUGAAAAAUACCCAUCUCAGUUUCUGUCAGUCGACUGAUUGUUUUCAGCUCCGCUUGGAUCUCGUAAAGGUCUGAAGAGUUUGCUUCUCAUAUCAUAAACUCUGCCAGGAAAACAGGUUUUAGUGGUGCAAAAAAUAAAAAGAAAUGCAGCUUUAAUUCUCAUCAUAAUUUACCCCCCCCCACCUUGUUUCCUGUCUGCCUCUUAUUGUUUUAUAUUGUCAAUUAAAGGCAAAAAAUCCCCUCCUCAAAAAUAUUCUAAUUUAAAAAAAACACACAACUGAAUUAUCAACAUAAAGUCAAUAAAUCCAAAGAAAAAUGACUCUUUAUCACUAUUUUUUGCUUAUUCAUCCACCCACUCACUCCUGUGUCGACAGCUGAAUGACGACUAUAGUAACCAUACAGAGAUUUGUAAAUAGCUUUGAAGAGAAACAUUGAAAACGUGUUUUUAACCUGAAUGAACCUGUAAAAAAAACUCUUAAUAUUUUAUAUAUUUUUUAACAAUGUACAAAUGGCAGAAAAAGACGUGUAGAAAAACCUCACUGAGUAUGUACAGUACAGGAUGUUUGUAUCAACUACAAUGUGCCACAGGUUGAGGAUAUGAAGGUUGGUUGGUUUGUGUUUGAGUGGAAUUAAUGCAUUUUAAAACGUGAUUUGGUGAAUUCCACAUGGUUGUCCGUAAUGAAUCGAGGGUUCAGUUUCAGAAUGGGAUGUUCAAAGACAGCACAAAAUUUGGUUGACAAAAAAAAAAUUACAUACUGGAUCCUCAAAAUAUUGAGGUGUUGCAUAAAGAACUUUAAUGCAUUUCUUUUUUAAAACAAAAUAUAUAUAUGAUCAUGCCAAUUAACUUGUGUUUGUUAUAGACAAGCAAGCACACAAGUGUGAGUAUUAAUGAGUACAGAUAAAAUUAUGAAAUCUGUUUUUUUAAAUAAAGAUACUUAACAUUUUUUGGGGAAAAAUCUGCCGUUUUAGAAAAUAAAGGCAGGAUGGUAAUGAUCAGAGCAAUGUUUUGGAGGUUUGGUAAGAAAAUGAAAAAUACACUUUCACAGACAAAUGUUUAUUCAAACUGUUUCAUCGGUGUAGAAACGUAUCUCCUCUUUUAGAUUUUUCCCAUUCAGCACAGACUUGUGUCGUUUCAAAACCAUGAUGGGUCACUGCUCCAUCAUGACGUCUUGUAGCUGCACAGUAUCAUAAACUCUGAUAUAUCAGUUCAGCUAUCAUCAGCUUUCAACCGUGUCUGACGGAUAAAAUAAGGUCUCCAACCACCUUAAACCUCUGCGUGUGUGUGUGUGCGUGUCUGUGUGUGUGUGUGUAUGUAUUGUGGAUUGAUGAACAUGAAAUAUGAUGUGCCAAAUUAAAAAAUUGUCGGUCUUCAGAUGGGGGAAAAAAGAAUUUGAUGUCAACAUUAUACAGACCUGUAGGUCGGCACGUUUGUGAUAUAAACAUUGCUUGAUAAAGUUCAUUGAUGUUAUCUCAGAAUGUAAUCAUUAAUCAUGUGAAAAGGUGUGUCUUUAUAGAGAUUGACUGCAUCUUCCAUUAUUGAAAUUUUAACUAGGCACUUAUUCUUUACCCCAUACUGUUUUAACACCCACUUGUCAUGUAACUGAGCAUAUAAGACCAUUUCAGACUAUUAUCUAAAUCAACAAAAAUGUAACUUAAACCCCUUCAUCUUGAUGUUUUUCACCUUAACGCCACUUGGUGCUCCAUGAAACACUUUUUUUUUUCUCCACUUGUUGAAAUGCUGUUUCAUGUUUAGGUCUAUGUUGAUCUGUGACUGUGUACUGGGUAAAAUACGACACUAAGGAAAAGAAUUCCACAAUAAAAAAAAAAAAAGUGCUUAAAUACAGAAAUGUAAGACAGCCAGGGCACGAGUGUCCACUAAAUGACUGUUGUUUUGUGGAUUUGGACACCUUGAAUGUUUGCUGAACACAUUGUAAUGUCAUACUGAUGUGUGUGUGGCACAAAGCAAACUGUCACCAUUUGUUCCUGAAUAUUAUGCACAGAAAAGUUUAAUGUGAAAGUGAUUUAAAGAGCUGGACUGGAAAGAUUGUUUUUUGAGAAAAGAUUGCAUUAAAGGGGAAAAAUCUUAUUGCAA